CGCCAGCUCUGCGAGCAGGUCGCCAGGGAACCGCAGUGGCCCUUCCAGCGUGCCCUGGGGUGGCAGUGACACCGAGCAAUGUCUGAGGACGGGUGCGGCCAGCCCGCUGACCGGCGCCCUGGCGACUGGUUUGUUCAUGUUGGAGGGGAGCAGGGCGAGCUGGAAUCAACAACAAGCGCUUCACUAAGACAUGUCCUGAACUCGGCAGCUGCCCAGGGCAAGGAACAUAGAAUGCCACUGGAAUACAGAGCUCGAGUGCAGGAAGCAGGAAACAACAAUUUCCCGUUCUCUUCUCAUGACAACAGACAUGACAUAUGCAAUGCAGCUGAGUAUUUUGACUUGGGCAUGGGCCUGAGGAAGUUGGAUCCAGAGAAACAGAAACAGAACUCCCAUAACUUCUUCGAGUGGGCUCGUGCACCAGGCCGGAACAGCAGUGAAGGCUUUGUAACAGUUUAUCAGACCUCCUUUGUGGCAGAUCAGACCCCUGGAAACGAGAGCCGGUGUUGCAGGCGCUAUCCCAAGCACCACACCCAAAACCAGUGCAGUGGCCAAAAACAGUGCUGUGACAAAUCUGCUCCUGAGGAUGACAAAGCCGUGUAGCCAUAGAGUCCAUCUUUAUCAGCAGAACACCUCUGGAGCACUGACUGACCAAAUCUCAACUAUUCACUACUCAAAACAAUGAAGGAAUAAACAUUUAUGUAAAGUGCACGUGGCAGUACGGUUGAUAGUUCAUUGUGAUCAACAGCCUUACGUUGCUCUGAAAAUAUAUAUUACUGUAAAACCUUUGAAGAAGAGGAGCAUUAUAAGGAAAAACAAGAUUGUGCAUAUUUUUAGACAUACCUCUACUAGGAGAACAGAGAUAGGGAUUGUGCUUGUGUUACCUGAUACUGGUUGACCCUCAUCUUGAUAUAAAAGCUCCUUCAGCUUCUGAAUCAGUGGCAGGGCUGCACCUCAGGCAGCUGACAGCACCUGUAUUGACACAGGAGCAUAAUGAAACUGGAUCCUCGAGGGAUUACCACAGCAGGGAGCCAAACCCCUGUGUGUUCAGGUAAGAGAGAAACAUUUCUGGAAGGUUUCAUGGCUGGCUGAGAAGGCAGGUGACCAGCCAUUAGAGAAAGUAGAUAAAAAAGAAGCUGGGCAUUAGAUUGUUGUGCAAAGUGGCUUGUUUUGCUAUAGCACAGCAGUUGUAAAAGUGAAAAAAGAGAGUGUUGUGAACAACAUUUGUGCACUCAUACAUUUGACUCAUGACUGUAAGGGGGAAAAAAACUUGAGCUGAAAUGGAAGGCUGCAUGGAGGUUUGAGUUGGGGGUGGACUGGAUCUUAAAAGAACUCAUGAUUUUAUAGUUACUUGUAAAACAAGAAAUUCAAACCCAGUUCUCCAAGCACUCUGCUCCCAGAAUAUUCACUGAUGAUAGGAUGUGGCAGGCAGUAGGGUCAGACCUCCAGAUGAUGUGUUUUCCUCUUCUGGAUCAUUUCCAUUAAUAUCAAUAAAAUAAUAAGCUAAACUAUGUCUUAAAAUAUCCUACAAAUAAGCUUGUUGCUAUGCAAAAUAAUGUUGACUAAAAAAAUCAAUCAUAAGUUUAUGAGAUAAUUUCCUUUAUUUACAAGAAAAAUGGAAAAAUAAACCCUUGACCCUUAGAAUUCCCUGCAUUGUAAGAGCUGCCUUGAACAUGAGCUCAGUUAAGAAAUUACAUUUCUGCCUUUCAGUGAACAGAUGCAUUUUUUGGUGUCAGCAUGCAGUGGCUGAUGGCCUUUUUGUGUGCCAUCAAAAUAGAUGGGAUUAUAUUCCCCAAAUGUGUAGCAUAUUUAUUAGCACAUGUUGAAAUAAUAAACUCAUUUUUUUAAAUGGAGUUCCCCCUGUUAGAGUUCUUGGGGUGCUGUACAGUACAUCAAAAUCCAGACCAUCAAUGAACAACGUAAAACCAAAUAAGAAGCCAAGUAACACAGUGCUAUUAAAAAGAAUUGCUUUUUCUCAAAGUAAAGACAGCCUGCCUGAGACAGCUCCAGAGUCAGAAUUUCCAGAGCUUUAGCCAACAAUUUCAUCCCCAAACUGAUUCAGAACUGAAGUGUGUGCCAAUCACAUGGUGAAUGAAGUGCCCCAUGCUGUUUGGCAAACUCCAAAGGGCAAUCUUGGACCUCCAUCAGAAGGAAGGAACACAUUCUUGCUCCAUUAGUAAUGUUUAUCUGUGGUUUAGCAUUACAACUGGAUGUGGUGAAAUAAAUUGCUGUAGUUUGUUAUGCCUUAAGACACCAAUAGAAACACGCCAGAUUUCUUUUUUCUCCUCUUUUUAUUUUUUUUCUUUCCAUUUUUGAUUAAAAUGUGGAUUUAAAAAAAAAGUACCUGUGAAUUAAUAGAUAUUUUCAACUAUGUUGUAAUAAAGAUUGCGGAGGAGAAACUGAAGAGAUCAUGGAACCCAUAUAAACUGAAAUACACUGUGCUGGGUUGAAUAAAGCAGGUGAUUCCCACA